AAUUUCGCCUAGAUUAGGGCUCGGGCUGGAUGACCCAGGUCAAAAUUUGCGCCAUCAUCUUUUUCUCUCUGAAACCGACGUUGAUAAUCGAUGAGCAGCGAGGUGAGCGUGAGUGUGAAUGAUGCUGAAGUAUCUCAAAUUCGCGAUGUCGGCACAUCGUCGAACAUCGGAUAUGUGUCCGGAUGGAUGUACAUCAAUCAAAAUGGUCAGAUGUGUGGCCCUUACAUUCAUCAGCAAUUGUACGAAGGUUUACACACUGGUUUUUUGCCUGGGGAGCUUCACGUUUAUCCCAUCUUGAAUGGGAAUCUCCUCAAUUCUGUCCCCCUCAGCUAUUUCAAGCAAUUCCCCGACCAUGUUGCCACCGGCUUUGUUUAUUUAAAUUCUUCCCUCCCUCCCGUCAAAGAUCCUACAGCUGAUGAGAACAGUGAUAAAGAUGAUAACUUUCCACUGGUUGGAGAUGAAUCUUGUUGGAUGUUUGAGGAUGGUGAGGGGAGAAAACAUGGACCACACUCUCUUACUGAGCUCCACUCAUGGUGUCACUACGGAUAUAUCCACAACUCACUAAUGAUAUAUCACACUGAUAAUAAGUAUAAACCUUUACACUUGGAAUCACUGUUAAACAAGUGGAGAACUGCUAGUCUUGGACCUGAGGUUGUGCAUGAUGUCAACGACCAAGGCACUGGCUCAGCAUUGAACUUUAUAUCAGAGGUUUCUGAAGAAGUUUGUUCGCAGCUUCAUUUCGGGAUCAUGAAAACAGCCCGUAAAGUUGUACUUGAUGAGAUUGUUAGCUGCAUAAUUUCUGAUUCCCUUGCCUCCAAGAAAAUUCACAAGAAUCAUAAGAUUGAACCAAUCAUUGAGUCUGCCAAAUCCUUUCCUUCACAUGGCAAAAUGUCUGAAAGAAGUGAUGUGAGGAAGGACAAUGUGACUGUCGUGGAUGAAGUUGAAGUCUGUAGUACUGUUGAUGAAAGAUGUUUUAGUGGUGAAACAGUGAGAUCUCCUCGUAGCAUGAAAUCAAUUGGAAACUUUGAGAACUUUUGUGCUGCAUACAUGGUUGUUUGCAGGACCCUCUUUGAUUCUUGUUUGCAAGUCAUAUGGAAUGCCGUCUUUUAUGAUUCUGUACUUGAGUGUUCAUCUGCAUGGAGAAAGACAAAACGUUGGACGUCUCCUAGUUAUGUUGUUGAUGAAUGCAUUGCAUACAAAGAGUCCUCUGUGCAGAUUGAAAAGCUACCAGCUGACUAUGAUUCCUCCAGUUCCGAUGUAGACUGCCCUCCUGGUUUUGAACCACAGAGAAGUGUAAUGGAUGUACAAUCACAUGCACCAUCAGUAUCUUCACCUUUUGAGAUAAAAAAGAGACGAAAUAUGUCGAGCUCAGAUACCUCUUGCGAUGAAAUGGAGUUCAUCCUGGAAUAUGUACUGAAUGAUCUUCAUUCAUCUUCAAAGUUGUCAUUAGUUCAAUACUUUAAAAAACUUGUGGACGAGGAAGUGAAGAAGAUAGUUGAUUUUCCACAAAGUAGUCAUAUGAAAGAGGUCAUGCUGUACUCUUCUGAUCUACUCAACCAGACAACUGAAUAUGAUUCUCAAGAAGCGUUUCAUGUUUCAGCCCUUAUAGAAGUAGAUGAUGACCGAUGCCCAGCUCAAUACCCAAAAGAUCCACUGCAUCAGAGAGUUCUUCAUCUUCCUAACGUUUCUUUGACAAAUUUAUCGAAGGGUGCUUUUCAGAAAUUGCCCAUGCAUUUAGAUGAUGCUACUGUUGAUUUAGAUGAACUGUGGCCAGCUGCAUGUGAAGAAAGUAUGGAACAAAAUGUUUCAUCACAUUUCUCCAGUGAGAAAUUCCGGAACUUGCCUAUGCAUUUAGAUGAUGCUAGUACUAUUCCAGUUAUUGAUGAAUUGCGCCCACCUCAAUCUAAAGAAGUUACUGAACACUAUGCAUCAUCACAAAUUUGUCGACUACCGUUAUUUAAACUAGGUGGCCAUGCGUGGAAAACCACUUUCCAGGUUGCAUUGAUGAUAAGUCGGGUGAGGAUAUAUGACUGUGUCAUGAGAAAAAUUAAAUCUAUAUGUUUGGAUGAUGCCAUUGAGAAAGCUGUAACAAUGAUGCAGUCUAUGAGGAGAAAUGAAUCAGGCAAGAAGGGAACUAUGAAUUGGAUGAAUAAGAAAAAGCAUGAAGGUUUAGAGAGAUCUUCCGAAACAUCUGUCCUUAUAGGAACAUAUGUAUACUCUCGGAGAAGAAAGUUGGGUAGCAAAAGUUCAGCUUCAUUUUUUCAGUCUCUGGCUGCAGAAAACACUAAAAAAACAUCUAAACGGGGAAGGAGAAGAAAUAUACCCGAGGCUACUGCAGUUGGCAAAAUAGUUUCUAAUCUAGAUAAAAAGAUUCUAGAACAUGACAGUUGUCAACCGCCUGCAAAUGCUGCUACACCUGGGAAAAAAAGAUCAUCCAUGCACAUCUGUGAUCAGAAAUCAGAGGAAGUAGCUCAUGCUGUCCAAGCAAGUAAGGUCUCAAAACUCAAAAGGAAGCAACUGGUCGAUGAUACACCGCAUUCCCGAUCUGGGAAAGUCCCAAAACUAGCAAAUGGCAUUGUGGAACACGCACUAUGUAAACAAAUUGACACGCACAAGAUCAAGAGAAGUAAGUCUAGGGCGGUUAGAGCUUGUCCCAAGUCUGAUGGUUGUGCUAGGUCGUCUAUGGAUGGCUGGGAAUGGCGUAAAUGGGCUUCGACUGCUAGUCCCACUGAAAGAGCUCGUGUCAGGGGCACUCACAUUUACUCUGGACCUAUUAAUUCUGAAUGCAAUGGAUCUCAUUCAUCAAAUUUUAAAGGACUUUCUGCAAGAACAAACAGAGUCAAGUUGCGUAACCUUCUAGCUGCUGCAGAUGGUGCUGAUCUGCUUAAAUCUACACAAUUAAAGGCAAGGAAAAAACGAUUGCGUUUCCAGCGGAGCAAGAUACAUGAUUGGGGUCUUCUUGCGCUGGAACCAAUUGAGGCAGAGGACUUUGUUAUCGAAUAUGUUGGAGAACUCAUUCGCCCUAGUAUAUCUGACAUCCGUGAGCGCCAGUAUGAGAAAAUGGGAAUUGGGAGCAGUUAUCUUUUCAGAUUAGAUGACGGUUAUGUGGUUGAUGCUACGAAGCGCGGAGGGAUUGCUAGAUUUAUAAAUCAUUCAUGUGAGCCUAAUUGCUACACAAAGGUCAUAAGUGUUGAGGGGCAGAAAAAGAUUUUCAUUUAUGCAAAGCGGCAUAUUGCUUCUGGCGAAGAACUCACUUACAAUUACAAGUUCCCAUUAGAAGAGAAUAAGAUACCUUGCAACUGCGGUUCAAAGAGGUGCCGUGGGUCGUUGAACUGAAGCUAGAGUAGUUUGUUUGCUGUUUUGAUAGGGAUACUGUAACGGGGUAAUUGUAACUAGAAGUCCACUUGGUCAUGGCUCCUUGCCUGAUUUGUUGAAUGAAUGGUCAAAAUAUCAUCGAAGGUUGAUCCCCCUUUCAGGUUAUGAACUGCUUAAGUAUGUGGUUGAGUUGACUUCAUGGCAGAGCAGGAUCUCCUUUCCAUGUCAGUGGUCAACAACAGAUGACAUUUACCCAACAUAUUCUUGUAGAUAUCUCUCAGUUGCAGAUGAGUUUCUCCUCUUAAGAACUGAAAAUUAGUUAUUUUUCUUCACUGUUCUAGGCAAAGUUUUGGGUAUUCGAUGACAUGUACAGACAGACAUACUGUCAAUUUUGGAAUAUUUCAUAACAUAUACAACACUUGUUAAUUGAAAGGAGUAAAAGAAUAUUCUGCCAUAUGGGGCAGUUGUAUACGUAGUUCCCAAACUGCAAAGAGUGUGUGAAGAAAUGCAGAAAAAGAAUAGGCAGUUUGAAUUUAUUACGAUGACUAUAAACCUAUUUGCUCAAUUUUCAUCUCACCUGUCUGUGUUCGGGGUAUGAUGUGGGUCAUGGCUGAAGAAACAUACAACAAUGUCUGCAAUUACUAUUGCCUUAUUUAUUUCAUAAUAAGUCGCUCGUUUGGUAACAUCAACUCUCGCAAAAUUAUGUGGCUUUUUAAUACUAUUUUGAUUGCAAAUGCUGAUCGAUCCUAGAUAAUCCAGUGUUCUCCAAAAAUUACACAUAGCCAUUUACUUGGUGCUGAAUUAAUUUAAAUAUAUGUCAGCUAGUUUUUUUAUGAGGGUACAUGGAUAAUUCAAUUUCAUAUUGCGCAGGGAGAAACAACUAGUCUUCUGUAGAUGUGCCAAAUGCUUAAUGGACUGAUUGUAUGUCAAAAGGCUUCUCUGGUAUGUGUUUUCUACUUCCUUUAUCUACCAAACAAUAAUGAAAGUUGGAAUUGAUUUUAAUGAAGUUAUCAACAUAUACUUACGCUCAAAUGAAUGGAGAAAAAGUAAGAGAUAUAUUAAUGUGUAGUGUAGGUACUAGGUACUAUAUAAUUAUUAUAUUAUUAUUAGUAUUAGUAUUGUGGGUUAUAUAUAUAUAAUAUAUUACAGAUAUAAAUCAAUUAUGUUGGUGCGAACAACAUUUGUUUAUUAUUCCUUCCAUUCCAACAAAUUAGUUGAUGCUGACUUAUUUUUAUACCUAUAGAGCACACACAAUUGAGCGGCAACAAAUAUUUUCAUAUACACAAAAAUGAUGAAUCAAACAUCAUCACUAUGUAUGAUGUUUCAAGUUCCAGAAUAAUACCAAUCAAUUUGUAGGGCUACAAAUAAUACCCUUUGAAGUUUAAUUCUCCUUCAAAAACAGUUGAAGAGUUUUUGGACCGACCGACCUUAGCUCAAAUGGAAGAGUAAAAGGAUUGGGUGAAACCAGGAUUUUUUGCACCUGAAAUUGCCACAUCCUUUGGUUGUCGGUUCGAAUCCGGCAGGUCGGAGCAUAUUUUAUUCAUUAUUACUUAAUACCCUAUUUCCAUUUUCUUAUUAUCACUGUUUUGCUGUCUACUUGUCAAGCUUUUACCACAAGGAAGGCUACUUAGUAAAACAAGAGAGGCUGAUCGAUGAUUGGAGAAAGAUGUUCGGAACUUAAUUUGUCUUCUUAUGAUUUAUGAUUUUUUUCUUUCUUUCUAAUAUUGUAUUGUUUUCCUAACUUUUGUUCUUUUUUUCCAUGUCGGUUUCAGUUGUAGCGUUUUCAUUGACAAACUGCCAUAUUCGUUCGAUAUAGUUUGUUAAAAUUGCAACAAGUA